UGAUUUUGUUUUGUUUACAAUGUGCUGAACAAUAAAAAAUUUAAUCGCUUUAUAUAUUCUAAAAAUCAAAUUAUUAAAAAUAAAAAAAAAAUAUUAUGGAGGGUGCAGAUCUACUAACACAAGAUGUUGAUAAAACACAGCUUCCACCUUUGCACCAGAAAAGAAUUUUGGCAUUUGUUAAUCAUUUUCUUAUUACCUCCUGUAACUUUCUUAAUGAUUUUUCAUUGCAAUGUGAAUCGAAAUUUAUUGAAAUUGAACGAAAACUACAAAAAGUAGAAGCAGCAUUAUGCAUAUUGGAAGCCAAGCUGGCCUCCAUACCGGAUGUGGAAAAUAAAGAAUCCCAGGAAACAGUAAAUGUAGAGUCAACCAUACCUAGCGAACUCGAUGACAGAAAGACUGAUAAACCGGUAAAUGAAACUGCAGAAAUUGAAACACCAACCGUCAAGGGCAUUCCAGCAGCUGAACAUGACUUGUAUAAAAAAUUCUUUAAAAUGCUACAAGUCGGAGUGCCCUUGCAAGCAGUUCAACUGAAAAUGCAAUCCGAGGGUAUGGAUUCGAAUAUUCUAAGUAACCCUCAAGCCAUUAUACCUGUAGAACAUACAAACGAUAGUUGAUGUCUUUUUUGGAGAAGUGCGUAUGUUAUCCAUCAAUUAAUUAAUUAUAUACUGUGAUAAACUUGAAAAUUUUUUACAUAAGUUUAUUCAGCAGCAUGAACAAAAAACGUAUAAGUAAUGUUUAAGUUUUUCUUGAUUGAAGCUCAGCAAAAAGACAUUAUGUAUUGUUAUUUUUUUAAAAACAAAAUGUGAAAAUUUUAAAG